CGUCCUCAAUCAGGAGGACUUGGCAGGAGACCAGAGCUCAGUGGAUGAUACCUUUGAUGACACCUACCAUGAGAAGGAGGGCCCCAAGCCCCCGCUGCAAUACGUCUGGAGAAAUAUCAUCCUCAUGAGCCUGCUGCAUUUGGGGGGCAUAUUUGGGCUGAUACUGGUACCUUAUGCAAAGAUCCAGACCUUGGCGUGGGCUGUCGUGGUUUUUGUGGUGAAUGCUCUGGGAAUAACAGCUGGAGCUCACCGCCUCUGGAGCCAUCGCACCUACAAAGCCACACUGCCCUUGCGAAUCUUCUUGACCAUUGCAAAUUCUGUGGCCUUCCAGAAUGACAUCUACGAGUGGGUCCGAGACCACCGUGUUCACCACAAGUUCUCCGAGACAGAUGCCGACCCUCACAAUGCCAAGCGGGGCUUCUUCUUCUCCCACGUCGGCUGGCUGCUGGUGCGCAAGCACCCCGAUGUCAUAGAGAAGGGCCAGAAAAUCGACCUGAGCGAUGUCAGGGCUGACAAAGUGGUGAUGUUCCAACGGAGGUAUUACAAGCCUUCAGUGGUGCUGCUGUGUUUCAUGAUGCCUGCUGUAGUGCCCUGGUACUUCUGGGACGAAUCUAUCACCAUCAGCUUCUUCAUUCCAUCCAUCCUGCGCUAUGUCAUAGGGCUCAACGCUGCCUGGUUAGUGAACAGUGCUGCUCACAUGUUUGGCAACCGACCAUAUGAUAAGAACAUCAACCCACGAGAGAACUCUCUGGUCAGCCUGGGAGCCCUAGGAGAAGGCUUCCACAACUACCACCACACCUUCCCCUAUGACUACUCUGCCAGUGAGUUUGGCUGGCACUUCAACUUAACCACAGUUUUUAUCGACCUCAUGUGCUUCCUGGGCCUGGCCAGCGAUCGCAAGAGAGUCUCCAAGGAAGUCAUCCUGGCUCGAAAAAUGCGGACUGGAGAAGGGCGUCAGAAGAGUGGCUGAGUUCCUGCUCUCCUUACACAUAUAUCCACACCUCUCCUUCCUUUUUCCUCCCUUUCUCCCUUCCUGACCCCUCUGAACACGCUGGACAGAGAUUUAAUGUUCUGUUUACUAACUACUGAAUAUUGCUACCAGUUUGCUUAAGAUAACAAUAAUGAGUUUUAACCCCUCCCACACUGUAUUUUACGUGAUGUAUUUAAAAACUAGAACUCUGCCUUUAUAAUGCAAGG